GGUUGUUUAAUAGACCCACAACCCACACGUCUGACACCAGUGCGCAAGUCUAACAUCUCCUUCAGUGAACAGCAAAAUGAAUUUGUACAAGUCCACAUCCUCUCUCUGCCUUGUUUUGACUGGUCUGCUCGGCAUGUCAGCGUCUCAAAAAAUCACUUUCUCGGGGAUACCUGGGAGAUUCUUUUUCGUCGAACUGAACUACACUUGGGGAGCGGCUAGACAGCACUGCAAGACGAGCUACCUGGACCUCGCUGAGCUUCCUCCCGCAGUCACAGAUCCCAAAAUGAAAUGGACAAAGGCUUGGAUCGGGCUGAGCCGCUCCGUGGACUCGCUGGACUGGCUGUGGGUCAGCGGGAAGACAGCUAACAUCACAGAAGCCGGGCUGGCAAAAGACGAGGAAUAUUAUCCAGACUGCAUGGCCCUCACCAGCCUAGGAAAGUGGGAAAAGACAGUGUGUGCAGAGCGGAAUAGCUUCAUCUGUACGGACAACGAAACCACUACCCCAGCAGUCUCUAGUAGACUUUCCUUCAUCGAGCUGAACUACACUUGGGGCAGGGCUAGACAACACUGCCAAACCAUCGGCCUGGACCUCGCUGAGCUUCCUCCCGCAGUCACAGAUCCCAAAAUGAAAUGGACGAAGGCUUGGAUCGGGCUGAGCCGCUCUGUGGACUCGCUGGACUGGCUGUGGGUCAGCGGGAAGACAGCUAACAUCACAGAAGCCGGGCUGGCAAAAGACGAGGAAUAUUAUCCAGACUGCAUGGCCCUCACCAGCCUAGGAAAGUGGGAAAAGACAGUGUGUGCAGAGCGGAAUAGCUUCAUCUGUACGGACAACGCUCGUUCCACUUUGCAGCCCAUGACCGACCAGAACUACAGUGGAAAUUACAGCAGCAAUGCAAAUGUGGGAGGAGUCACAGCAGAUCCCAAAGCAGUGGCCAAUCAGACUAAGGGAAUGAACGGGAACGGAACUCAGGAUGGGGGUGCAGGAGGAAAAACCGUGGCUCCGAUCCAAGGCGCCGUGGCUUCGAUGACAAACACGACUUCAAACGCCACCGUCCUUAACUUGCUCAACAAGGCUACCUGCGUGGCCUCCCCUGCCACAGGCUUGCUAACUGUGGCUGUGGUCUUCACGUCUUCCGUGGUCCAGUUUAGCUAAUUCAAGAUUCAAACCCUCAACACAGAGCAGAGGAUACGACUGCCGGCCAGCCACCGCUGCAAGCACUCUGAUUUUCGAUUUGUUCUAAUUGAUUUAUAGAUUAACAAGAUUGUUGAAUGAAUGAAUUAAAAACCAAAUAUAUACACAUGAAUGACCCGCUAACCAAUGCAAAAGAAACUGGAGUCAAACUGGAGCCUAGUGGAGAGGCUGUUUAAAAUGAAUAAUUUAUAAUGAACUGAUAAUGACUGAAGGCUUCACCCUGUAAAGAAGAAGAAGAAGAAGGAGGAGGAGGAGGAGAAAGUAUCAGAUAUUUGAAAAGCCUGUUUGAAAUGUCCUGCUCUUUUCU